AUGAAGGCUUUUUCAUAUGAAGCAUUGGAUGAUGAGUUGUCCAGGAAGACACCAUGGCUUUAUACCACCAUCAAUACUGCAACAGGUGGUUCCACCGUCCACAACUGUGUGGCUGCCUCUGUGGCCCUGAGAGGUAGAAACCCCAGGCUUUCUGCACUGGCCUAUGUCAUCAACUCAACACUGACCCAAGGGGGGGUUAACAACCACACACAGCAAUGUCCUCAAUAAGCAGAAAGAGAUGAAGACAGCUGGGUACAACAACAUCAUCAACAUUAGAUGCUGGAGGGAGGACUGUGAGCUGUUCUUCCAACAUAGUGCCAGCGGUGAAGUCUUCCCCCGACCCCCCUCCUACUGAAUCAAUGGAGGAGACUGGAAGACAGGAGGAAGAGGAGGACGGGGGACCAGUGGAGGAUGAGUUUGAAAUAGAGCUGGACUGGGGUCAACUGGAGGAAGAGGGUGAAGGAGAGGAGGAAGAGUGGGGUCCAAUGUCAGAAGAGACAGAACGAGAGGAGGACAGAGGAUCAACAGAGAGGAGGACAGAGGAUCAACAGAGAGGAGGACAUAGGAUCCACAGAGAGGAGGACAGAGGAUCCACAGAGAGGAGGACAGAGGAUCCACAGAGAGGAGGACAGAGGAUCCACAGAGAGGAGGACAGAGGAUCCACAGUGCAGGGAGAGACAGAGGAUCCACAGAGAGGAGGACAGAGGAUCCACAGAGAGGAGGACAGAGGAUCCACAGAGAGGAGGACAGAGGAUCCACAGAGAGGAGGACAGAGGAUCCACAGAGAGGAGGACAGAGGAUCCACAGAGAGGAGGACAGAGGAUCCACAGAGAGGAGGACAGAGGAUCAACAGAGAGGAGGACAGAGGAUCAACAGAGAGGAGGACAGAGGAUCCACAGAGAGGAAGACAGAGGAUCCACAGAGAGGAGGACAGAGGAUCCACAGAGAGGAGGACAGAGGAUCAACAGAGAGGAGGACAGAGGAUCCACAGAGAGGAGGACAGAGGAUCAACAGAGGAGGACAGAGGAUCCACAGAGAGGAGGACAGAGGAUCCACAGAGAGGAGGACAGAGGAUCCACAGUGCAGGGAGAGACAGAGGAUCCACAGAGAGGAGGACAGAGGAUCCACAGUGCAGGGAGAGACAGAGGAUCCACAGAGAGGAGGACAGAGGAUCCACAGUGCAGGGAGAGACAGGAAGAGAAGAAGAGGGGUGUAAAUCAUCAGUGCUAGAAGGAAAUGACAGACAGGAAGAGGACUCAUUCAGAGAUUCAGAGACCGAACACUUUGGAUUAAACCUCACCUGUGGAUUUAAAUAA